GCAGGAUGGCUGACUGCCCUCUCGGCCCUCAGUUAACGCUAGAGUCAGGUGGAAUGGGAGACGUGUCCACAGUAUAUAAAAGAGCGAUGCUUCCGCGGAUCGGCUUCUGAAGGGGGGCUGAUUUGUUCGUUGGAUUAUUCUUAUUGUUUUUUCCAAUUAGACAAUACGAAUUUUCCUCGCGAUGGCCCUCAGUCAGACAAGUGUGCUAAAAUUGUACAAUACUGUGAUAGAGGAUGUUAUAUCUGGCGUAAGGGAAUCUUUCAUAGACGAAGGUGUAGAUGAACAAGUUCUACAGGAGCUCAAACAGAUAUGGGAAACCAAGCUAAUGUCUAGUAAAGCUGUCGAACUUAAUCCAGAUCCUCCAGAACCUCAGGUUCCUCAAUUAAAUACGCACAAAGCUGUGCCUGUUAAUAAAGGAGUAAAUAUAGGAAAUCAUUCUGUGCAACAAACAGGAGGGAACGCUGUUGCACAAGCAUCGCAGCAACAGCAACAGUCUCCUCAGCAGUCGCAAAGUCAGACGCAAUGCCAUCCAACUACAACUGGGAUUCAGCAGCAUACUGGCCAACCGGUACAACAACAAUUAGUAACGUCGUCGUCGGCAGUGAUGGACCGGCAAGUACCUAUUCAAAUAACGUUGCCACCGCAGGCGGGUGUACCAGAUGCUCCACUGAGAGUAUUGACGAUUCAGGUUCCGGCAUCUGCGAUUCAAGGUAAUCAGUUACCCAGUAUUUUAACGGGUCCAAUUAUCUCGGCCGCUAUGGGGUUGCCAGCGAAUUUGGCUUCCACGUUACUGCAACAGCAUGUCAAUUCCACGCUCCAGGGACAAGCAACACUGGCGUCGCUUCAAGUCAGUCAGCCCCUUCAGGUCGUCACGCAAAAUGCCAAUAACGUUUCUCAGCGGCCUGUCCAAAAUCAGAAUAAUAUAGCACAAUUGGAUGGUGCAUUUGGCGAUUCUUCCGAUGAUGACGAAGAAGAGGAGGAAGAAGAUAACGAAGAUGAAGAGGAGGAUCUCGACGACAAGGAAGAAGAAGAAAAUGAUGAGGCUGCAGCGAGAGAAGAGGAGCCAUUAAAUUCAGAAGACGAUGUAACAGAUGAUGACCCGGCGGAUCUUUUUGAUACAGACAACGUUGUCGUUUGUCAGUACGACAAGAUAACGAGGAGUAGAAAUAAGUGGAAAUUCUACCUCAAAGAUGGGAUAAUGAACCUCAGCGGCAAGGAUUACGUUUUUCAAAAAAUGAACGGUGAUGCUGAGUGGUAAAUUAUAGGAUACGAUAUGAAAACAGUCUGGUAAUGUGUUCACGUGAAAUUGGUAUCAAAUCUUGUCUCGGAAUUUGGUUUUGAAAAGUCAAUUAUUCGUUUAGGAUCAAUUAGAACUGUUUUAGUUAUGUAACGCAUUGAAAUCUGAAUUAUUUAACCAUGCGAGCGGUUUUUAACUUUACAAUGAUACAAUACAUUGGAAAUUUUCAGUUUAAGUUAUCGUUAUAUUUAUAAUUAUUAUAAAGAAGCCUCCUUCAACUUAAAUCGAGAACGUUUAACGACGUAUGUAAAAACUUUAUUAUUUUAUGUUGCUUUAUUUUUCGUUCCAAAUAAUCAUGGUUUCACCGCACGAUAAAGAGCUCAAUAAUCAAGGAAGCCUUGUACUGUAUGUUAAAGAGUCGGCGAGUUUUUUCACGUGACUUUAAUAUGUAAAUAGAAUCUAAGGGAUCUAUCAUAAAUAUGUGAUUCUCUUAAAAAUAAAUGUGUCUUAUACUGUGAAAAACCUCAA